AUAAGCUGGCAUCCUCAGCAUCCUGUACCAAACCUUUAACAUAUGCCGGGACCUCACAGUUCACAGCUUCAGGAACUCCAGCCUCUGAUGGCAGUGAUACAUUCGGAGCAUGAGAAGCCUCAGGAAGAGACAGCAAAUGAUGGGCAGCCUGAAACACCCACAUCCCUUCAGAAGGCGAGAGCCCGCUUCUUAAAGGGAGUCUCCUACUUCUCUGGAGACAUGGAGGCAUUUGGGAAUUGGAUGAAAAAGCAGUUUUUUCUGCUCCAGUUGCUGGACUGGGUGUUGCGUGGAGCUGCCCAGGUGAUGUUUGUGAACAACCCUUUGAGUGGGCUCAUCAUUUUUGGGGGUCUGAUCCUGCAGAACUACUGGUGGGCCCUCAACGGCUUUGUGGGCACACUCUUUGCCACAAUUUCUGCGCUCAUACUGCAACAGGACAGAGGUGCAAUAGCUGCAGGGCUGUACGGGUACAAUGGCAUCCUGGUGGGCCUACUCAUGGCUGUGUUCUCCAAUGCUGGGAACUGGUACUGGUGGCUCCUGCUACCCAACGUCUUCAUGUCUAUGAUGUGCCCAAUAGUGUCCAGUGCCCUUGCAUCUAUCAACAGUCGCUGGGACCUCCCAGUUUUCACCUUGCCCUUCAAUAUCCUGGUGUGUGUCCAUAUGGUGGCUACUGGCCACUACAACCACCAUUUCCCACAAGUUCUCAUCCAGCCUCGCUCUGAGCUACCCAACAUCACCUGGGCUAACAUCGAUGUAGCCAAGCUGUUUCAGUCAGUGCCUGUGGGAAUAGGGCAGGUAUAUGGCUGCGACAACCCCUGGACAGGUGGGAUCUUCAUCAUUGCACUCUUCAUCUCCUCCCCUAUCACAUGUGCCCAUGCUGUCCUGGGUUCUACAGUGGGCAUGGUCUCAGGUUUGGCGCUGGCUGCUCCAUUUGAAAACAUCUACUUUGGCCUCUGGGGAUACAACUGUGUGUUAGCAUGUAUUGCCAUUGGAGGAAUGUUUUAUGCUCUCACCUGGCAGGUGCACUUGCUUGCGAUGACCUGUGGUUUCUUCUGUGCAUAUCUUGGCUCAGCCAUCGCCAACAUUAUGUCUGCUUUUGGUUUGCCUGCCUGCACCUGGCCUUUCUGUCUGUCUGCUCUUACCUUUCUCCUAAUAACCACGGGGACCAAGGCGAUCUUUAAGCUGCCACUUGCUAAGGUCACCUACCCUGAGAAGAACCUAUGCUUCUUCUGGAAACUCAAGAAGCAGGAGAAGAUGGAAAAAGCUGAGAAGGAGGAGCAACAGCAAAAAACCACGGAGGAAGAAGUGAAAGUUAAUGAAAAAGAACAGCUGAAACUUGAGCUAGAAAGAAUGGAGGAACAGAACAGUUUGAGUGAUGCAUUAGAGCGACAGCUUGAGGGCACAUACAUUGAAAACAUGGAGACAGACGUAAGGCUGCAUGUGCCUGAGGAGGAGAUAACAAACAGAGACUGAAAUGACGUUGUCAUCACAGAAAAUGCUUGACACAGUUUGACAGUCACGUCUGUCUGCACACCCACACAUACUCAUACAUUACACACAUGGUCACACAUGCACAUGUGCACAUAUACGUGUGUGCAUGCCCACUUCACAUACAAACACAAAAUGCAUACAUAACAUGAAUUCAUAGCAAU